CAUCAGAGCGUCAACAUGAACGUUCAUCACACUUUGAUCUGCUUUUUCUUCUUCACAGUGCUGCAGGAUGGAAACAUUGGUCUCAUCAAUGCAGAAAUCCCCAUUUUUAGAGGAACUGAAGGACAAAGUAUCACAGUUCCCUGUAACUUUAAAGAGACUGGAAGCAAGAAGUACUUCUGUAAGGACGAAUGUGAAGAAAACAUUUUGGAAUCGUCUGGUGACGAUGAUGAAUGUCAACCCAUUCUUAAAAUAGAUGAUGACAGUGCUCGAAGUGGCAGAUACAGCAUGAGAUAUGAAACCACACGUGAAGGAAGUCGUCUGGAUGUGACCAUCACACAUCUGACCAAAUCUGACUCUGGAGUUUAUAGCUGUGUUUUGGACAAAUGUUUUACAGAUCCAUACCAGCAGUUUGAGAUCAUCGUCACAGAUGCUUCCACAACAACAACAACAACAACAACAACAACAACAACAACAACAACAACAACACAGAUUUUCAGAAGAAGCUCCACAUCUUCAACAUCUUCUGCUAAAACCACCAACCAGUCUGAAAAGGAACAAACAGCUGGAGGUUCAGGUUCGCUGAUGUACGUGCGUCUGACUCUGGUCAUCAUUGCUGUGCUCCUGUUCUCUGUGGCUGUGCUGAUACUAUGCAAGAAAAGAGCCUCCAAACCCAAAGAACAUCCUGAGGAAACAGAGUGUGUUAAUGUCACAGAGGCCAGCCCAGUGUACGAGGAGAUCAGAGAGGGCGAUGGACAGAGCAGAUCUCCUCCUGUGGAAAAAUCAGUUGAAGCCUCAGCUGUCUACAGCUUGGUCACUGCUACAGCAUCCCGUCCUCUGAGCAAAACUGAAGACGACUUGAAUGAACUCGACUACACUGAGGUAGAUUUGUCCAACAGAGCUGCCGCCUCACUCAGCAGCGCCCCCUCUGGUCAGGUCGAUAAAGUUAUAUACUCUACGCCUCAGAAACACACUGAUGCCAAAGUAGAGUCACAGCCUCUGUACUCAACUAUUACUUUACCUCAGCAGUAGCUUGAAUGCUGCUGACAUCCUGAUAUCUAUGUUAAACAUGCUUGCACUUAUAAAACUUGAAAUGAAUGUAUGUAGCAAUGCUUGAUGCAAACGCAAAGGCGAGGAUG